AUGGCUCAGGCUACAAUUUAUCAAAACAGAGAUCAAGUGUCAAGCAGUUCAUGGGAAGCUAUUAAGUCUUCCAACAUAGGGUUUCAGCUCCUAAAGAAGCAAGGCUGGAAGGAAGGCACUGGUCUUGGUAUCGCUGAACAAGGUAUACUGGUGCCUCUACAAACAAAGCCUAAAUAUAACAAACGAGGCCUGGGAGCUGGAGCUGGAGCUGAAACAACAACUACGAGAAAAGCGGCAAAGCCUCCUCAGGCUACAGAUUCUGAAAAGGUCCCUAACAAAACCAAGAAACUAUCUAAGCAGAUGCGGAAGUUGAUAGAGCACGAAAAAUAUCUGGAGGAAAAAGAAUUUGAUCGAGCCUUCUUUAGGGAGUUUUGGCCUGAUAAUGAUGUAUAA